AUGAAGCUUCCCGUGGAACCAGUGUCAAAGAGUGCCAUAGCUGAAACAGGUGUAAAAGUUAUUGGUCAUGAUACAGCAGUCGUAUAUGGAGAAAAUGCCACAUUGUUGUGUCAGCUGACUGAGACUGAUGAAGAUGCUGAUGUAACUCGUAUUAUAUGGAAGAAGAAGACACAAGAAACUGCUGAAGAGAACACCUUCUUUUCCAUUCGCCCAGGUCACAAAACUGAACACUCAAAUGGAUUAGGGGACAGAGUACAAUUCAUUGGGAACUUUGCAGAGAAAAAUGGAUCAAUUCAGCUACUUAGAAUGAGGCUUCUGGAUGAUGGGAUCUAUACAUGCAUCUUCAACUUAUUUGCUGUUGGGACAUUUGAGACUGACAUCAAUGUCACAGUUUUUGCUCGUCCUGCGAUUAAUGUAAGAGGAGAGGUGCCUGUUGCUGGUUUUACAGAGGCCACCUUGAUGUCAUGCUUUGCCUCUAAUGCACGGCCUGCAGCAGAAGUGAUAUGGAGAUUAGGAGAUCUAGAAAACUCUCUGACGACUGAAAUCAACUAUACAGUGAACUCAGAUGGGACUGUUACUGUUGUGUCCUACCUACUUGGUGUCCCAUUCAAACAUUUAAACAAGAAGAAUGUCCAGUGUGUGGUGAAACACAACACCCUGAGAGAUGAACUAGUGCUGAACUACGCAAUAAACAUCCACUAUCCGCCAGAAUCAGUUGUUAUCAUUCCUGACAGUCUAACAAACAUUAAAGAAUUCCAGUGUAAAGUGGAUAGUAACCCAGAACCAACCAGCUACAAUUGGACUAGAGUGAAUAAAAGUGAUCCGUAUUAUGAAGGUAAAAAGCUUCCUGUACAAAAUCUGACUCCUGACUUUAAUGGCUUGUACAUCUGUCAUGCUUCAAACCAGUAUGGAAGUUCAGUAGGAUCUCUCUAUGUGAAUGUUCAUACUGAAUCCAAUGCCACCUGUUGGAGUCUGUUCGAGGCAUACACUGAGCUUCGUGAAAAACUUGACAACCGCGGAGAAAGCAAAAGAAUCGACAAAGUAUCUCCAGAUGUCUUGGAGUUCCUGCUGGAAUUUCUUCGCCCAUUCUACCAGGCUCAGAGGGAACUAGAGGGCAACCAGUGCCCCACACUUAACCUGGUUGUUUUGUGGCAUGAGCGGCUUAAGCGCCACUGCAGAGAGGCUUUCCACCAAGAAUCCAGGUAUCGGAUUGCUAGCUUUACCAGUGGUGGCGAGCCAGCUGUUGAACCGGCAACUAAAAGAAGCAAGACUGUAGUGGCAGAGUUUGAGGAGUGGGUAAAUGUGCCCCUAAAUGAAACUGUUGAUGAAGUUCACCAAUACAUCAGCCGCAACCACGACAUGGAAGAGGAGCAGGAUCUCUUGGUGCUGUACCAUGGGCACAAGGCUCUCCUUUUGAAGGAAUGUGGCAUGCUUGGGGUUGAGGGCUGA